UAGUUCUUUCAGUCUCUAGUGAUUGAGCGCCCACUACCUUCUGGGCAGCAUUCUGGUUGCUAAGGAGAGAUCAACAAGCUGUCCUUGCCCUCAAGAAACUAAAGAGAAACUAUGUUCAGCGGACUUAAGAUGUUUUCAUUGAUCAGGCACCAUUUAGGACAUAGAAGACCUUCAGUAGCGAAAAGUACUGAAGAAUUAUGGGGGAAUGUGUUUGAUUAUUCAAAAAGGAAUGAAGAUAACCAUGAGCAAUACCAGUACUUCCAGCUAGAUCUUACCAGUGGCGGGGAUGCUCAGAGAGAGGCGCUUUUCCAGCAUUUCUACCGACUGCUCCAGAAAGCAUGGAAUCGAGAGAGACCUUCGGAUUGCGUUAUUGUCUCUAUGGAUACAAGUCAGAGGGAUUAUGCGACAGCCAUAGGCCGCCGCCUACGGGACCAUGGUCUUGUAGUGGAAACAAUUCACCUGGCCUCGGGAUCGGACCUCACUCGUGCACUGCAGGAUGUUAAAGAUGAUGGUUCCCCCUUCUGUAUUCUCGUGGAGCCGUCUAAUGUGAAAUAUUCCUCUUGUACCGUAAUCAAGCUUCAUGAGUCCAUCAAAAUACAUGGGCAUGUGCCCCUGGAGGAUGCGCUGCUUCUGGUUGUUAAAGAAUUGAAGGCGUUUUUCUCUGGACAAAGCACUGGGGUUUCUCAGAGGGCUUCUGAGCUGGUGGAUGACUUCCUGGGCCGUGAGCUCCUGAACAGCUACUCUGUUCCAUCCGGCAUCUGUCAUCUUCUUUUCCUGUUGAGUGAGGGGAAGCAUUUGUACAGUGAUGAGCUGGGUGUGCUCCUGGACUACCUGACAAUCAGGAAAAAGCAACUGCAAGGAUGCGAGGCUCCGGAUCCAUCAGCCAAGAGCAGCGUUCCCGCCUUGUUUCAGGGCAAGAUCGCCCCCACUGUGAGCAAGCCUCCUCCUCUGCUGCCCGUUUCUGGCCCCCGGCCCUUGCUGGAUAUUCCCCCUUCCCGCUCAGUCAAGCCCCUUGUUGGAGACAGGCAGGAAGCUGGCCUGCUCCCAGCAUCAGGACCAGUCAAGCCCAAAAGUCUGUUUCCCCCUCCCUUGCUUCAGAUAGGCCCAUCUAAGAGGCCUGCUCCUUCAGGAUGCCCCCGUGCCGUGCCUGUCAAAAGACCAAGACUUUUGGCUCCAUUGCCAGUUCUGUUAAAGUCAGUGCCAGCCAAGUGGGCACUCCAACCCGUGUCCUUACAGAAUUAAGGGAUGUGCUGAGGAGUCUGAAGAACAAGGUGACUGGUUGUGGCCCAGAUGGCAGCUUUACAUCUUCCAAGAAUCAAGGCCCUGCCUGGCUGCAGCACUGCUUGCUGUUCAAGCCCUGAACACAACUGUGGCUUUCUUUGACAUAUAGUCCUGUGGAGACUUUCUCAUGUACACAGUGUUUUUAUGUCAAACAAGAUAGUUGUACAAGGUCAUUGUUACA